CUAUAUCGAACGACCGGAAGCCAGGUGUCGCUGUUAUUAAACCUAGGAAACCCGCCUAUGGUUCUGUCAUGAAUGAGCUGGGUUUCCCUGUUUUUUCUGCUGAUGUCCUGUCCAAGAUUACUGUCAAAGCUGUACCUGUUGUUGCUCCAACUGAUCCACACAAUGAAACUGCAAUUUACAGAUCUGUCUUAUCGCCCAAUGAGCUCUUGGUUACCAUUCCAAACAUGCGUACUAUGCAUGAAGUCUUUGAAGAGAGUGUCAAAAGACAUCCAAACCUUCCUGCAUUGGGCACUCGUUAUGCUUCUGUACAUCCGUCCACUGGUGCUGUUACUUGGGGACCGUAUGUGUUUGAAACUUAUGCACAGGUUGCCAAGAAGCGUGAUCAUUUGGCUUACGGUAUCCAACACAUUUACACUAAUGUAAUCAAGGAAUCUGCUGAAAAGUGGAAUCUGGGUAUUUUCUCGUCCAACCGUGCCGAAUGGGUUAUUGCUGAUCUGGCUGCCCAAGCCUUCAGCGUUGCAGUUGUUGCCCUCUACGACACUCUUGGCGCAGAUACUUCAGAAUACAUUCUUAAUCAUGCUGAUGUCUCUGUUGUGGUUGCAUCCAUUGACAAGGUGCCUCUACUUUUGUCACUAGCACACAAAACCAAACUCAAGGCAAUUAUUGCGUUGGAUUCAAUUCCUUCCGUGUCUACUUUGGGAUCCGUUACAAACCCAUUUCAAUUUGCAAAAAUUUGGGCCAAAGAAAAGGGAAUCGAGUUGUAUUCAUUCAAUGAAGUAAUGGAUCUUGGCAUUAAGCAUCCCAUACCAUUUCGCUUACCUUCAGAAGAAGAUGUAUUCUGUCUGUGCUACACUUCAGGAACUACUGGAAAUCCAAAGGGUGCUGUUCUGUCGCAUAAAAAUAUGAUUGCUGUAUUGCGUGGCAACUUUACUCAAUUUUCCAUUGAUGCGACCGAUGUUCAUAUUUCAUACCUUCCACUGGCACAUAUCUUUGAACGAUGUGUGGUUUCCACCAUGCUAGCUGGUGCUGGAUCUAUUGGGUUUUACCGUGGCGAUGUGACUCUGCUUAUGGAGGAUAUUGGUGUGCUCCACCCGACUAUUUUCCCAUCUGUACCACGUCUUCUUAAUCGGAUUUAUGAUCGCAUAACCGACCAGGCACUGCAUUCUGGAUCUGCACUCAAAACGGCUCUUUUUCAGCGUGCACUUGAUGCCAAACUUGAAAAUAUCCGAAAUGAUAAAGUCUUGACUCACUUUUUCUGGGAUUCGGUUGUGUUUAGCAAACUCAAGGCAUUACUUGGCGGCCGUGUUCGGCUAAUUGUAUCUGCCAGUGCACCCAUAAACGGUGAUGUGCUCGAGUUUCUUCGAGUUGCAUUCAGCUGUCAGGUUUUGGAAGCUUAUGGACAGACCGAAUGCACUGGUUUAUUCACCACAACAUGGCCCAAUGACUUUAGCAAAGACAAUGUUGGUCCAGUCGCUGUAACUUCCGAGUUGAAGCUCGUGUCUGUUCCAGAGAUGAACUAUCAUGCUAAAGAUCUCAAGGGUGAGAUCUGGAUUCGUGGUCCAAGUGUAUUCAAAGGUUAUCACAAGGAUGUUGCCAAGACCAAGGAAGCUCUGACAGAUGAUGGAUGGCUGCUGACGGGUGAUAUUGGCAUGCUUGAUUCCAAAGGACGCUUGUCAAUUGUUGACAGAAAAAAAAACAUUUUUAAGCUUUCUCAGGGAGAAUAUAUUGCUCCAGAAAAGCUCGAGAGUACUUUUCUCAAGAGCAGCUUUGUUGCACAGAUAUAUGUUCACGGUGAUUCACUGCAAAACGAGCUGGUUGCCAUAGUUGUUCCGAAUCCUGAAACUGCAGUCAAGUGGGGAAUUUCCAAUGGUGUACUUCCUACAGACACAUCAACUGAUGUUGCUCGUCAACCAGGACAGCCUUCUCAUCCAGCUACAAUCCAAGUAUGCAAAUCUUUGGCAUUACGUAACGUUAUUUUGGAAGACUUGAUUGCUGUUGGAAAACUUGACAAGCUUCGCGGAUUUGAAUUUGUUCGAGCCAUUUAUAUCGAGCCAGAUAUGUUUUCAGCCGAAUCUGGACUGUUGACACCCACAUUUAAACUCAAGCGCAACGAAGCAGCGAUCAAAUACCGCCCCGAGUUGGAUCAGCUUUAUCAAGAGCGAGCUACUGCUACCAAGUCCACACAAGCAAAGCUUUAGUUCAUUUGAAUAAAAUACGAUUUCGGCUGCUG